AUGCAGGCAUGGACGCAAGUAGCACGCUCUUUUUUCCUAUUUUUCAACUCCUGGGGUACGGUGAAUACCUUUGGAGAUUUCCAGACUUCUUACGAAACCGACCUUCUGCGUCACGAAUCUCACUCUAAUAUCUCAUGGAUUGGAGCCAUCCAGGCCUUUCUGCUGUCGCUUGUUGGGGUCAUUACCGGACCACUCUACGAUGCCGAUUACUUUCGCGCGUUGAUCGUGACAGAUGCUGCGUUGAUUGUUAUCGGCUUCAUGGCUUUAAGCCUCUGCACCCAGUACUGGCAAGUGGUCCUUGCCCAUGCCCUCUCCAUCAGUCUCGGGUAUGGAUGUCUCUAUAUACUAUCGGUGGCGAUUCUCCCGCAGCACUUCUCCUCAAGGAAAGCCAUUGCGGCCGGUAUUGCCGCAUCGGGGACAAUGCUCAACGCCGCCUCCAUGCCAGACCGUAUCAUUCUGGGCCUUCUGGGACAGUUCCUUGGACUUCUCAACCUUUUCCUGAUCAGCACCAUGUUGUAG